AUGCCGUCCCUCAACACCAAAAGACUCGGUACUGAACUCAAGAAAUUGCAGUCGCCGUCUGAAUCCACGAUAAGCAUGGGUUUUGUAAAAGAUCGAGACCUUACUGAACCGAACAUGGAAAAAGAAAUCAUCGACUGGGAAACACCUGAUGAUCGCCAGAACCCUCUCAACUGGAGUCCAAGGAAGAAGCUAAGCCACGUCAUGCUCGUCAGCUCUUUCACGCUUUACUCAAACUUGGCAGCCGUCAUGUUUGCUCCAGGUGCCCAGUACUUGGUCGAGGAAUUUCAAAUCACCAACUCGAUGAUUGCCUCCUUGACGGUCUCGGUCUACGUUCUCGGAUACUGCGUCGGUCCCUUCCUCAUCGCCCCGUUGUCCGAGAUAUACGGUCGAUUAGUGAUAUAUCACGUCUGCAACUUGUUUUACGAGAUUUUCACCGUCGGAUGUGCGCUCAGUGUCAACCCUUCCAUGUUUCUUGCUUUUCGCUUUUUGAGCGGCUGUGCCGGAUCGGCCCCGAUGGCCGUUGGAGGAGGAACUAUUGCAGACAUGCACAAGGCGGACGAACGUGGCAAGGCGAUGGCAAUUUUCAGUCUCGGGCCUCUGUUAGGUCCGGUCAUUGGGCCGGUCGUGGGAGGGUUUCUUACCCAGUAUAGUGGUUGGAGAUGGACAUUCUGGACAAUUUUCAUCCUGGCUGGUGUUCUAUCCCUGGUGUCUGUUGUGUUCAUGCGAGAAACAUUUGAGCCCGUCCUCCUCGAAAAGAAAGCUGCUCUCCUGCGAAAGCAGACGGGAAACGACAGGCUCCGAGCCAGAACAAACAAGAACAUCACAAGAUGGCAGUUGUUGGCUCGGGCUAUUGUUCGCCCAACGAAGAUGCUCAUCUUCUCCCCCAUCAUUCUCCUGAUCUCGUUGUACUGUGCCUUCAUGUUCGGCCUCACGUACCUACUCUAUACGACGUUCCCUUCCGUAUUCCAGGUCAAAUACGGUUGGGGUCCCAGCAUUGCAGGACUGGCGUACCUAGGUUUGGCUAUUGGCAUGAUCUUUGCUGUUGGGGUCGUUGGCGCUGUAAGCGAUAAGCAGCUCCGCCGAGCCAAGGAGACCGGAGGCCAAGUUCGCCCGGAGAUUCGUCUUCUUUUGUCGGUGUGGAUGGCACCCGUCGUAUCUGUCGGGUUCUUCUGGUACGGCUGGAGCGCUUACGCAGAUACGCAUUGGAUUGCUCCGGUUUUGGGAACCCUCGUCAUCGGCUUCGGAUCCUUUAUCGUCUUGAUGCCUUCUCAGAUCUAUCUUGUCGACGCAUUUGGAAGUGAGGCAUCGGCUUCUGCGCUUGCUGCGAACACGUUCUUGCGGAGUCUGUUCGGCGCUUUCUUGCCUCUAGCAGGACCGCCGCUGUAUAAAUCUCUGGGACUUGGGUGGGGAAAUAGUUUGCUUGCAUUCAUUGGGUUGGCGUUUAUUCCCGUCCCGUUCCUGUUUUACAAGUAUGGCGAGCGCCUCCGGGCCAGGUUUCCGGUCAACUACUAG